GGGGAGGGUCUCAUUCUGACCUUCUCAGUGAAAGACACCGGAUGCGUUAUCACGUCCAAACAGGGCGCAGACAGGAAGAAGAGCAGCCGAUUGUGGUUCAACAUCAGGGCUGUCUGCUUCAACAUUCCCCUGCAGCCGGAAGUGUGGCGCCAGACUAUGGACCGGACCAGGCAACACAUCCUCCACAUGAAGGCCCAGAUGCCACUCCCCUCACCUGCCUCUGCCUUCGCCCCCGCCGCCGGAUCAAAGAACAUCUCCAACCCCUAUGCCCGCAACCACACUCGCCCAUCCGAGUUUGAUUCAUCAAGACUGUCAUCCAGAGCCUCUUCUCACCUUGGUUCCCAUCAGCACAACUACAUGCCCCAGAGGAGCAACUGGGACCAACUGCAUAGACAGAUGGACGGAGAGGAGGUGGGUGGGGACAUUGAGGGAGGAGAUGAGAGGACUGUGGGGGUGGACAGAGCAGAGGGGUUCCACAGCCACCCAUUUGUACAGACUAGCAGUAUAAAAGUGGACCACAGCCCCACAAUCACAUUCUUCCAUGCUCGACUGGAUGAGUUUGAACUGAAGAUAGUGUUGCUGGAGGAUCUGUCUGCGGCGUACCAGAUGAAUAACCUGCGCACUUUCGGCAAACACUCCCGCAACAUAGAGUUCCAGCUCCAAUUGGACGACCACAGACUCCAAUUCCAAAGUGGAGAAGAGCCGGCGGCUAAUCUGAACUUCCCGAUUGUGGGACUGGAGGGGGUGUACGUGCCAGAAGUGAAGCCGGACAAGAGUGGGGGCUAUGUGCGGGUGAAGGAGAGCCACAGGGCGUACGAGGGGGGCAACUUCCUGAUUGUGGUAGUGCGAGUGGAUGAGUACGUGCAGCAUCUGAGCAUGGACCUUUUAAACCACUUCAUCAUUGUGCAAGAUGUGUUCAUGAGUGAAGUGAAACAAAUUAUAUCUAAAGUGUCGGAGACUUCUGUUCCGAACGGGUGGAGUCUAGUUCAGCAAACUACGGCGGUAGACAUGCGCCCCGGGGAAGGGGGAGGGGGAGUUGGAGGUGGAGGGGGAUAUGGGGGAGAGACAACCAGUUCACUGCCCUCCAACCUAGACCCUCGCAGUGGUCUCGCACGACAUCAGCAGCAGCAGCGCCCACUUCUCCUGCAGAAACAGAGUGUGAAAAAAGUGCCAUUCAUGCUGCAUGCCAAACUCCACUUUGAGACUGUGAAGAUAAUCUCUACUACUGCUGCGUACAACACGAUAGAACUGUGUUUGGACUCUACUGAGGUGGAGCUGUUCAACUUCCCCUCUGGCUCCGAGGCUGUCCGGCGGAAGAAGCGGCAGAUGAGUGUGCUGGCCAGGGGAACAGUGGACAUACACGCAUCCCUCGGCACUCUCCUUAGACCCUCCAGGGCCAAAACGCACACUUCCUAUAAGGUGCGUCCCUCGGGCACUUCUCUCUACAAGAGUUCACCAGGGAGUGUGCGUUUGCAGAAGAAGGCCUUUGUCAAGUUGGCAGUCCACUUCGAGACCUCCCCCAAGGAGAUGAGCAAGGAACAUGGGGAGGGGGAGGGGGAGGGACAGGAGUUGGAGGGGGUCGCUUCACAGGCAGUACACGUAAAGAUAUCCAGAUUCAACAUGUACAUGAAGCCGCAGGCCAUUGAGCACGUGUUCAGAAUGUACAUCAGCUACCAGAACGCAUUCAACUACUUCAUAGCACAGAGGGCGAAGCGCUUCCACAAAACAAACUCUGCUGGCACUGCUGGAGUUUCCAGUAGCGUUUUCUCCUCUUUUCCAAAAUCUUCCACUACUAAACGCGACAGCUCAGCCCAAACGGACCCGAAAAUACAGACCCAUGCCAAGGAUGGACAUGAGACCACGUGCUCCCACGGUGGCCGAGGGUCCCUCCCCACUUCAUCUCACCCCCAGAUGCCCCCCGCAGUGUCCACCGUGCCCCCUGCCAACCCCACAAAGAGGAUCUACUUCUUGUUCGAAAUAGAAGACAUGGCACUCUGUCUGCCUCUUGACACGGCCAACUAUAUGGCGUUCGAAGUGGACGAGGAGCAGGUGCUGAUGCUCACUGUAAAACACGUCUCGGUUUCGUCACUCACCGCCUCUGCUUUUGUCUCGUUCGGAUCCUUCCACGACUUCACUCUCGGGUUCCGAGACAACUUCGACAGCCUGGAGGAAAAUUGGCUGCUCGACAAAAUCGAAGAGUCCUUCAUUCAGCCUCAGAAAGUGAAAUCUUUCGGCUUCUUUUCCCCUCAGCCCCAGACACAGCCAGUCUACAUCAUGAACAUGUUCUGGGUUCCAGAGGGUUCCAUAGAGACUGUGUCGCGCACUAACGCAGCUCCCGGUGGCGUGGCAGCGGCAGUUGGCGCGGGGGCGACUGGGGGAUCACCGGUGGUUUGGGAGUUGUCGGUGAACUGUCGCAUGAGUGGACUGCACGUGCGAUUUGACAGUAUGUUGGGCUUGUGGCUGGUCAUGAUGAAACAAACAGUGAGCAAAGUGUCCGAGGACCUGGCCGUCUAUUCUGACAUGCAGGAGGAGCAACCAGAUGUACACCACUUGAACGAUACAUACAUGGAAAUGGAGAACCUCAGUCCAAAAAUUGGUGAGCAAGAGAAACAAUCGGAAAAACAACUGGCUGAGGAGAUGAGACUUCUGAACAUGGGCGAAGCUAAAAAGGACAAAAAAGGACCCAAACAGUUGCAAAAAAUGGCCUCCCUGUACAGUUUUGUCGGCAGUUCCAAGCGCUCAAGUGCUGCUAGCGAGAAGAACAAGCGAAGUAGGUCGCGCCACUCUUCAACUUUAGCACACCUUCCACUCGCACCCGCUCUCGGCGGAAGUUUGGUGGGUCUCUACGGGUCAUCGCCACCUCAUCAUCGCCAACACUCCUCCGGCGGCGACGGCAGAGCCCUGUUUUCUACUACUCACAAUCGGCAAAAAGAGUCUUUAGGAAAAACGAUUGGUUUGGGCAGGACUUCUGUCGACAGAGGACGCAGGCGAUCUUCGAAAAAACAAUCAUUCCACUCACGAGUCUCGGCAACAGCUGCGGAUAAAUGGCCUGCGGCUGAAGAUGACCUUGACCUGAUUGACACGUGGCACAAGCACACCGUGGAGCCAGACUACUCGACUAAUUUGGCUCUCAACUCUGACGACCUGGACGAGUCGGACUCCCACACCUCAUCGGGUGGAUGGGAGGACGACAGAGAUCCACACUCAGACAGUGAGGAUGAAGGGGACGAGUAUAUUGCAGUUAGCGUGGAUCCCUCGCCCACAUCCCACCCCACGUUGCCACUCACUUCCCGCACUCAGCAGACAGACGACUCUCUCAGUGACUCGAUGGCCAUGAAGUUGGACCUGCAAAUAUUCAUCUCGUCCGGAGAGUGCAUGCUUCAUGCAGAUGGGCCAGCCGACAACAAGAAGGAGUCCCACAUCAAAGGAAGUCGCCGAGCUGACCCGAACGUCUCCAACAUAACUGUUCCUGCCAUCAGCAUCAAAACAUAUUUUGACGGAGAGAGAAAUUCAGCUGAGCAUUUGAACACAACCAGGGGAGCUUCUAGCCCUUCUACUUCUGCUGAUGCCCAUAGUGGCCACAAUGGCACUGAAGAAGACGCCGCAACCACUGAGGCCGUGCACUCCGUCAAGACUAAUUCCACCUAUGUACAUCAAUGGGGCGCCCAAGGGUCAACUGAGGAUGAGAAAGGAAAAGGGAGGAGCAGUGGUGCCUCCAGCAACGCACACUACAGUUCAGUUGACAAGAUGGACUUCAGGUUGCAGAAGACCUCUUCAGGUGCCCCCGGAACCACAUCAACAUCCGCCUCCGCCUCCGCCUCCUCGGGGGACAGAGAGAGUAAGGGCAGGAAAGAGGGGGACCGAGUGGAGGCAGUGGGCCAUCAGGAACUGCACGAGGAAGAUGAGGAAGAGGAGGAGGGGCUUCUGAAGGGCAACAAGGAGUGGAGUCUUUCGACUGGGGGAAACAGCAGCAGUGACUUCGUAUCCGUCAAGUCCAAUCUGUCCAUACCCAGAAUUAAUGUCCACUCUGGCGACCAACCCCACCAGGGUGGUCCAAGUACGACUGGCACAGGUGGGAAAACCGAGGGAACAAACGAAGAUGACACUGGCACUGGCACUGGAGCAUCAACUGGACCUGGAAGUGAGUCAGAGGUCCACCCUUCCACUGGCUCUAAGAGGGGAACUCUCAUCGCCUGGAUUGAAGUGCAGAAGUCAGAUGAACAAGACCCACUGAUGAGGCUGUCUCCUUCAUUCCUGGACUACAUCCAGCAAGUGUUGAACAAUGUGGCAGGGGACAGUAAAGAAUCAGAGGGCAGUGGCGAUGGAAAAGAGGAAGGGAAGGAAGCCGAUGAGCCAAUCAGGGAUGAGUCACCUGAGUCGAUGAGUGAGAUGCCCCUGCAGGCGGCCAAGGUCAUCGUCUCAUCGGACACCAAAUUCCCAGUCGAUGUUCUUCUCACUCUCUACAUCGAGUCUUUCGAAGUGAACUUGGACUGCUUCCCCCACGAGAAGAUAGCCUGCAUGAUGCUCCUCCCCCAGACCAACUUCGUCUUCUCCUCAGUGAGAAGCAACCUCUCCCUCCUACUGCAGGAGGACAGCACCCUAGCAGACCACCUCCUCCCCCUCCUCCCCUGCACCCCUACUUCCAGUUCCCAAUUACCCCCCUUCGCACCCUUCCAACCCCCCACCACCUCGGCAGCCGACAAUGCAUCCUUCAGAGCUCCCAUUCGCCCCUCACCCGCUAAUAAGAUGGACCAGAACAGGAGACAGAAGACUGCAGCAGCAGCAUCAGGGGGGACCAAGAUGGCUUCCUUCUUCUCCAAGUACACUUACAAGCCCAACGUGGAAGUGUUGAGCGAGGAGAGGAGGGCGAGGCGGAAGAAGGAGGCGGCAGCUGCCACUCAAGAGGCCACGCCCACUUCUGCUGCCUCCGCCAUGUCCAAACUGUUCACACAUCUCACUCAGGCCAGUGGACAGCCAAAUAAAUCACUCUAA